AUGCGCAAACCGCCAGGAACUCGGAAGCCCGCCGGGAACCGGAAGUCGAGGCUCCACGGGCACUGUCGGGACCCGGACUCCGCGAUGGAACCAGAGCAGCCGGUUGUCCCCGCGCCUGCCAGCUCUCAGGCUCUUCUGGACAGUCUCCUCCAGAAUCUCUACGACCUUGGAGAGAGGGAACAUGAAACAAAGCCGAGAAGAACCAGAAAGCGCAAGGAAGGGAAGGAGAAAGGCCCGAGAUCCAUAGCAGCCCCAGCAGAGGAUCCAGCUCCUCCGCCUAGCUUUCGUGUAAGAGGGCAAAAUAAAAGCACUUCCAGUUUCUUCAGAGAACUGCAAGAAGAACUGCACUGUGUCCCUACUGGAGUCUCCACAGACUUUCCUCCAGAACCAGAGGCCCUUGCCACAGUGUCCCCCUCACCCCACAAGAACAACAGAAAGCUCAUAGAGGUGGUAGAAUUUCACAGCAGACGUAAAAGAAAACUGACACCUGGGCACGACGAGAACGCAGAGACCAAAACCAGUGUCCUUGAGAAAGAUGUGGAUAUACAAGAAUUCAACUUAGAAAAGGCUCGCUUGGAAGUGCACCGGUUUGGAAUCACGGGUUAUGGAAAAAGAAAGGAAAGAGUUCUGGAACAGGAGCGUGCCAUUAUGCUGGGUGCCAGGCCUCCAAAAAACGCUUACGUUAACUACAAGGUUUUACAGGAACAAAUCAAAGACAAAAAGGCAGCUAAGGAAGAAGAAAGGAGAAUGGUAGGUAAGACAAAGGUUUUCNNNAAAAAAAAGCGGAGAGGGCAGGAAGACAGGAAAUCCCAGAAGAAGAAAGGGGUGCCCAGUAUCUUGUCAAGUGGACGAGCUGGACAAGUGGGGAAAUUCCGAAAUGGCACAUUGAUUCUGAGUCCAGUGUAUAUCAAGAAGAUCACUUCCUCCAGGGUGGCCAAGUGA